CCAAAUGCAUUCCACUCUGACAGUGCAUUGUGAUUGGCCAAACCAAUGCACCUGACCAGGGGUGGACUGAGUACUCAUGGGGCCCCCGGGCAAUAGGGGAUCAUGGGGCCUGUGUCCUUGCCCAAACUCAAAAAAGCCUAUGAAAAAGGUACCAGGGGCAUCUCAUGGGGCCCCCUACUGACCCCGGGCCCUCGGGCAGUGCCCGAGUUUCCAAAUGGUCAGUCCGCCCCUGUAUGUGCCCUUGCAUUAAGAAAUCAGAUUAACUCAGACCACAGCACAUGGUGUGAACAAGCCCUAACAAACAAUGACUGUCUUUUGUAUACAUUACAGCACUCUCUCUCUUUAAAGUUUAACUUUACUUAAA